AUUGUCACUGGGAGUGAUAUAAUUGAAUUAUUCCCAGAAGACUCAAAUAACCUUCUUCUCAAAAGUUUCUCACCACAAUUGCUCCUACCACAUUACAUCUUCUUUUGUUUGCAGAACAGGAUCAUACAGUUAGUCCAACCUCAAGGAUUGCCUAUUGAAUGAAGAUAAGAUUCACCAGAUAUAGCCAAUAGGUGGCCUGGGAAGGCAUUGACACUAUUGGAUCAACCAGUUUUGUGACUCAACAUAAUUGAAGGUAAUGAAAUUCCUAACUUGAAAGCAUCUACCCAUUCAAUGAGUUGUAAUCUACAUGCAUGCUUUUGUAAAGAUCUUACUUUACAUCUUUUUUUUUCUAAUUGGCAAGAUCUUACUUUACAUAAUUAUUAAAUUAAAUGAUGAAUUCAAUUCCUUUAACAAGCUUGAUGAUUAUCCAAUGCAUUGUUCUGUUCGUAUACCAUGUAAGUCAUGUAUUGUAUGCCAAGAUGCUGUCAAGCUUCCCUAGUUAUUUCUUAUGCUGCCAUAUCAGGUUGUAUCUAGAUUAAUUCCAAGCUUCUGUUUGUAUAUGGCGGUCCUUGAUAUAUACAUAGGCCUCGGCACAUAGAUUGAAGUGUUAUUUGAUUUCUGUAUUCAAAGUUGUUCUUUUGAAACUAACAUUGCAUUCUUACAUGGGAGUUUGCUCAUAUAUAAGGAGGAAAAGUGGAAAACUCAAAAGAGAAAAAGGGAAAGCUCUAUGAAAGUAAUUUCUUUGGGAUUUGUUUAGGUAUUUCUUUUACUUUAGAACCCCUCUUUAUUUCCUUAGCGUGGUUCAAUAUUUUUGGUGUAGGAUAGCACCGCAUCACCACGUUAAAGUGUGCUGAUAUAUAAGGGAGAAUCAGAAAACUCCAAGGGGAGAAAGGGAUAGUUUGUUCUGUUGCUUUAGAACCCUAUAUUUUCCCAGCAUAAUUCAAUGUUUUUUUCCAGAAGAUAUAGUAAAGUGCAGCAUUGUAUCAUUACCUUGGAGUUUGCUGAUAUCCAAUUAGGAGGAAAGUUACUCUUAGUUUUUCAAGUGUUUUUGUAAA